GUGCUAUUUCCUUUGGCCUGCAGCCAUCACUAUUGUGAUAACUGAAUGGAGAACAAAGUACAGGAGAGAAAUGAACACCAGGGACAAUGAAGCAAAGUCUAAAGCUGUCGAUUCUUUGCUCAACUUUGAGACGGUGAAGUAUUACAAUGCUGAGAGUUAUGAGGUGAACCGUUUCAAUGAUGCCAUACUGAAGUAUCAGGUAGCAGAAUGGAAAACAAAUGCCAGUCUGGCCUUUCUGAACCAAACACAGAAUCUCAUCAUUGGCCUUGGGUUGCUCGCUGGGUCACUUCUCAGUGCUUAUUUUGUCACAGAGAAAAAGCUUCAGGUUGGGGAUUUUGUCUUAUUUGGGACUUAUAUUAUUCAGCUUUACACUCCACUCAACUGGUUUGGGACAUAUUACAGGAUGAUCCAGAGUUCAUUCAUAGACAUGGAGAAUAUGUUUGAGCUCUUCCAUGAGGAACAGGAGGUAGAUUCUAAAUUUCCGUCCCAGGUGAAGCAGAGCUCUCUACGCUCUCACAUUGGUGUAGUGCCUCAGGACACCGUUCUCUUCAACGACAGCAUUAGAAACAACAUCCGGUAUGGCAGAGUGACUGCAAGUGACAAGGACGUAGAGGAAGCCUCUCUAGCAGCUGAUAUUCACGAGCGGAUAAUUACUUUCCCUGAAGGUUAUGAUACCCAAGUCGGGGAAAGAGGACUGAAACUGAGUGGAGGAGAGAAACAGAGAGUGGCAAUUGCCAGAACAAUCCUGAAGGCUCCUCGGAUUGUUCUUCUAGAUGAGGCUACAUCUGCUUUAGACACACAAACUGAAAGAAACAUUCAAGCCUCCCUGGCCAAAGUCUGCGCCAACAGGACCACGAUUGUUGUGGCUCACAGGUUGUCAACGGUGAUUAAUGCAGAUCAGAUCCUGGUGCUUCAAGACGGACACAUAGCGGAAAGAGGAAGGCACGAUGUAUUGCUUGCUAAAGGCGGCAUUUAUGCCGGGAUGUGGAUGGAACAACAGCAAGCCGAGUCGACUGACUCAGCAUCUGACACAGAAAUCAAAGACAAGAGCACUGAGAAACUGCAGGCGCCCAGCAAUAAGGGGAACUGAAGACAAACCUGCAUUGGACUAGGACCCCUGACCAUUGUUAUUCCUCAACAUAAGGCCAUCAAUGUAUCGACCAUGCUUGGUCAGCACAGUGUGCCGCAUUGAAAACAUUACAUUUGAAACAUGGAAUCAGUUUCACGUUAUUACAGAGUUUCUAAGCAUCUUCGAAGGGGAAAAAAGAUCCCAGUGAUUUCUUUUUAGGGUUUUUCUGAAGGGUGUAAAAGUAAAUGAUAGCCAAGUUCCUAAACUAACUAUUGUGUUGGAUUUUGUAGCCGCCAGCUCGAAUUUUAAUGUGCAUUGUGAUGAAGUACCUUGGUGAGCUUGUAAUUUGGGAAGGAAGCCAAAUUUUUGAAGCAUUUAGCAAAGCUGAUAAAUGACAGGUGGAAGAAAAGGAUGGGCCAUAUCCACAUAAUUGCACUUACAAAGCUUUACCUAUGCUCCCUUUUAGUCUCCAUUGAUUUCUGUCUUCUUAGUGUCUGACUAUUAUGUUUUAACUAGUCAGACCAAGGAAAUCUUUGAUCUUUUCCUUGGUACAUGCUGAUUUAGCUGAUCUCACCCAGGGUAGUACACGAUGAAAAAGAACCUCAUUUCUCCUAAGUUAAGAUAAAGGGAUCAAUAUCUGACAGCAUUUCCGCCUUUUGAUUACCAUACUUUAACACUUUACAGAAAGUAUAUUGAUGCAGGUGCUUAGAGGAGGACCAGAUGGUGACUGCACUUUAGAACUGAUAUUAAUUGAGUAGAAUUCUAGCUGAGGAGUAGCCUGAGUACCAGCAGAGCUUACAGCACAGCAGGAGUCAGAGGAGGAGAGAAAAUUUCAGAUGUGAAGAACUAACUGUUAGUAACCAAGACAGAAUCCAUCAGAAAUACAGCUGGGCCAAUAGCUGUAGUUGAACAGUACCACCUGUUCCACUCCCCACCUGAUAGAUCCUUCUGUUUGAAGUUAAUGGAACUGAAUAUCAAGCAGGGGGUAUAUUGAGCAGCAGAUAAGACAUCACCUGCUUUGUACUAUAACUCAAGCCAAAUGUCUACAGUGGCCAUAACUGUUGUAGCUGGAUCAUUCAGUUACUGAUCCCCUAGCACUAGUGUCUCUCUCAUAGGCUUUGUUUUGUAAGCUUAGAGGACAAGACUCCAUUUUGUUGGAGGUAUUUGCUUAUCUCAGUAUAAAAAUAGUAUUAUAGUUACCUUUGAGGCUUUCCUGACAUUGGACAGAGUGAUAUGCUUUAGUUCUGACUAAAGCUCUGCCUCUCAACAGAGAAAGAUCUGCACUCGGAUUGCAUCUUUUAAAACAAUUUUGCAUGUGAUUAAAAAAUAUUCCUCAGUGUUUCACAGGAUCUGAUCUAAUUUAGCACUGAGAUGCUCAAAGGGAUACUAGAACAGGUGACUAAAAGGUCAGAGGUAUAUUUUACGGCAUGUCUUAAUGCGAGGAAGAGAAGAUUUAGGCAGAGAAUCUAAAACUUUGGGCCCAGUUGAAGACCUGUUAGUUUAUGAUAGUGUGAUUAAAAUCAUUGAAAGUGCAAAAAGACUGAAUUUGGAAAAUCCCUGAUGUUUGAAGACUUGGGGGAGACUAGUUAUAUCUCUGAAUGCUUCAUGUACAUUGAAUUACUCAAGGUCAGAAAUUUAUUCUUGACCCAAAUCCAUCUCAUUUAGAAAUCGCGCUUGGUCAUGGAAGUCUUCAGCACAGAAAAGGCCCUUCAGCCCAUUAUAUCUGCACUAGGCAGCAACAACCGCCUAAUUAUUCCAAUCACAUUUUCCAGCAUGUGGCCUAUAACCUUGUGUGCCUCGGCAUCACGAGUGCACAUCUAACUACUACUUAAAUAUUAUGAGAGUUUCUGCGUCUACCACCCUUACAUGCAGUUAGUUCCAGAUUCUCACCAUUCUCUGGGUGAAAAAGUUUUUCCUCACAUCUCCUCUAAACCUUCAGCCCCUCACCUUAAAUAUAUACUCCCGGUCAUUGACACUGUCAACAAGGGGAAAGGUCUCUUCCUGUCUAUCCUAUCUAUACCCCUCAUAAUUUUAUACAUCUCAAUCAUGUCCCCUCUCAACCUCCUCUGCUCUAAGGAAAACAACCAUAUGAAAUCAACCUUCGGAUGAAGUCCUGUUGUAAUUGUGGUGUUGAAUUUAAGCUGAAUGAAAUAAUGGAGGAGAAAUUAGGUGUCAGCUGCACAGACAACACAAAGAUCAAAAUCUGUCAGUUGACCUGUAUCAAGUCACAAGCCAUAUUUUUCAGGAAAAUCACUUUCAGGGCUAACUGUUUAGUGUGUCUGGGAAUGUUCUGUCUGAGUUAUAUUUAUUUAAUUUUUGGCUGAAUUGUUUGAAAACAUAAUGUAAUAAACAAUUUUACCACUUUAUUUCCAUCA